UUUACACAAUAACUCAGAUUACUUAAUCAGAUCUAAAAGAUGGAGGACGACAUUUCCGUGUUCUUCAGCAACGCCACGUCGUUUUUGAACGACACCAGCAAUAAUACUUCUCCGACGGAGGCUCCUUUUGUUGAUGAAAGACUUCAGACGGCGAAGGACGUUAUGUUCACUAUUCAGUACGCCCUUCUACCGCUGUUCCUCGUUACAGGGUUGUUCGGAAAUUUGUUCACCAUUGUAACAAUGGCGUCAUCCCGAUUUCAGCAUCUCACUUCUAGAUACAUCCUGAUAUUUCUCGCCAUAUCAGAUACUGUUCUACUUCUGACACAGCCCUUCAAUAAACUAUGGGUCAUCAAGAUGCUAGGACAAGAUGUGCGAGCACUGUCUAUUGCUUCAUGCAAAGCCUUCUUCGUCAUUUUCCGGUCUGCUAAAAUGACGUCAUCAUGGCUUGUUGUCUUUCUAUGCUUUGAGCGCUUUGUUGCUGUUGUCUUUCCGCUUAAAGCGAAAACAAUCAUCAGAAAACGAUUGAUCCUGCCUGCCAUUGCAGUCAACUACUUUGCUAAUUUUGUUUACAACUCUGUAUGGUCAUUCUCUUCGGGUGUGGUCAACGGGAUCUGUAAGCCCGACUUGCCGAGUCUGAAACACUACUAUUUCGUCAUCAUCGGCUGCUCCUUCUACUCGUUUAUCCCGACAGCACUCCUGAUAGUGUUCACACCGCAAAUCAUUGUCAGAUUAAUCCGCCAGACCAAAGUGCGACGUCAGCUGUCUACUAGAUCAUUAACUACUAGUAAAUCAAACGCCGUCAAGACGUCAAGCAAUCCCGUGAUGUCUCGUUCGAAACGUGAUGAAGAGAUGAUGCGAGCAAGCAUAAUGGUCCUAGGAGUCAUGAUCGCUUACAUUGUGCUGAUCAUCCCUAUUACGACGGUACAUAUUUACUCCUUUACCGCAGGAGUGAGCGCUUUCGACGUCAACAGCUACGGCUUCUUCAUCUAUCGUGAACUUGCCCAGAUGCUUGAACAGAUCAACUAUGCCGUAAACUUUUUCUUCUAUGUCCUCUGUUCGAGUGCAUUCCGUGGUAGGGUGAAGGAAAUUCUGUGUUUCACAGAUUGCCGCGUCUACAAACACAACCCUGACGAGCGUUCUACAUCUUCUAUAAAACAAUCAACGGAAUGUCAAUAAUAAACAUACAUACAAUUUGUGUUGUGCGGUUUGCAAGAAUGAAGAAAUGUUGUAUGACCUAAGUUUUUUAGUAUUAAUUCAGUAUUAAGAUCAUGUGGGUGACAAUCCCCAACAAUACCUUUUGACGAACGCAGGUGCUUUGGCAUAAAAGGCAACCUAUAUUAAACCUUCAUUCGUGAAAUAAUCGCCAGAACCAACUUUGCAUUUGAAUACAUGGACUCAUGAAUAGAACAUCAUAUUCACAGAUUUCACAAGACGUUUCGUCAGGUCCAUACAGUCAAGGUCACUUUCGUUCAUUUUUAGACGGCGCGGAAUCAAAUUUCACGUAUCUAAAAAGUACCAAAAGGUAAACAAAGCCAGCCAACUUUUACUUUUCAACUUUUUACUAUUCCCAUCACUUAGAAUAAAAAUCAACAGCCUCAUCAUUUUACUUCUAGAUAAAUUAAUUUGAUAUUUCCCGUCAUCUCAGAUACUGUAACCCUUCAAACAUUUAUUUUUUCGUCAGAGGGGUGAGCGCUUAAGACGUAAACAACUACGGUUUCCGUGGCAGGGUGAAGAAAAUUUUGCGUUUCACAGAUUGCCGCGUCUAAGAGCAUAACCAGUACGACCGUGCAUCUACAAUGACGGACUGUCAAUUAUAUAUUUAUGUAUAUUGUUAUAACAAAAUGUAGAUAAUUUGUGUUGUGUGGUAGUAUUGUUUAAGUUUGCAAGAAUGAAAAGAUAUUACUUAGUAUAUGACCAACACCGUUUAACCAGAAUCAACUGAACCAGAACUAAUCGCGCUGAUGAACCAGAACUAAUCGCGCUGAUGAACCAGAACUAAUCGCGCUUAUGAACCAGAACUGACUGCGCUGAUGAACCAGAACUGACUGCGCUGAUGAACCAGAACUGACUGCGCUGAUGAACCAGAACUAAUCGCGCUGAUGAACCAGAACUAAUCGCGCUGAUGAACCAGAACUAAUCGCGCUGAUGAACCAGAACAAACUGCGCUGAUGAAUCAGAACUAAUCGCUCAGAUGAACCAGAACUAAUCGCGCUGAUGAACCAGAACUGACUGCGGCGAUGAACCAGAAUGAACUGCGCCGAUGAACCAGAACUAAUCGCGCUGAUGAAACCAGAACUGACUGCGCCGAUGAACCAGAAUGAACUGCGCCGAUGAACCAGAACAAACUGCGCCGAUGAACCAGAUUUGACUGCGCCGAUGAACCAGAAUGAACUGCGCCGAUGAACCAGAACAAACUGCGCCGAUGAACCAGAAUGAACUGCGCUGAUGAACCAGAACAAACUGCGCCUAUGAACCAGAACUGACUGCGCCGAUGAACCAGA